AUGCGUCUCGUUUCGAGACUUCCCGAGUUGGAAAUCCCGAACAAGACCUUCCAUGACUACAUCUUCGACGAGUUCGCUAAGUACGGCGAUAAUGUCGCGAUGGUUAGUAAUAUUUUGAAAUGUUUUCUUUGAUUUUGUUGUUCUUGUAAUUGAAUUAAUUUGUUGUGUUAGCGUCAAUUUUUUGGUGGUAUGAAAAAAACACCAGCGAAAAUUCAAACGGCGACUUUUCCGAUUUUUUCAUAUUGCUAGGGAACUUUACGAAAGCCAACUUUCCGAUUUUUUUUUAAAUAAAAUCUUUGUUUUAAAUCUUCCUAUAUGGUUUAUGAUUUAAACGCAAAGAAAUAGGGAAAAAAAUUUUAUAGGUGUUUUAUAAACCGAAAAUAUCAGGGAAAAAAAGUCAAAAGGGAUCCGUCAGAAAGGUGACCGUCGGAAAGUUCCCUAGCGAUAUGAAAAAAUCGGAAAAGUCGCUGUUUAAAUUUUCGCUGGUGUUUUUUUCAUACCACCAAUUUUUUUGUGCUGGUGAAGGUUGUAAUCAAAAGUUCUAAUUUUGAUUUUCACAACGAACUUUUUUUUUAUUAGUUUUCUAAAUUUUUUUUAAAACAAACCUCAUAUUACAGAUCAGCAAUGACACGAAAAUGCAGUACACCUACCAUGACUUGAUGGAACGCGCCAAAUAUAUCGCACGGGCGCUCGUUUAUCUUGGUGUGGAAAAAGGCGAGGUGAGAUAUUUUAUGAUAGUUGAGUUCUGAAUAAUUUUAUCUGAGUUGAAAAAACUUCUAAUUUUUUUAGUAGCAUGGAAAACAUUUGUAGGAUUUUAUUCAAUAAAUUCAGUUAAUAUAACUGAAGAUUUUUCCUUCAUUUUAUCAAGGUCAAUGGAAAAUUAUUGAUUCAGGUUGUACUCCUGGUGAUGGACAACUCGCCAGAAUGCAUCUAUAUCCCCCUGGGCAUUUCCAUGGCCGGCGCUGCUGUCCAAGUCACCUCGCCUAAGCUUCAAGCUGGUAAUCUAAUCAAAUAUAAAGUAUAACGAACAUUUCUACGGAUUUUUUUUCUUUCCAUGUAGGGAAUUCCUUGGGAAAUCGAAAAACUGAUUAGAAUGCAAAUCAAAUGAGAAUUUUCCAUUUUUGGAUGUAUUUUUUUAUAAAAAAACGAGAAAGAAGCUGUGAGUUUCGAACUUUGGUUUGAAAAAGGUUAAGUAGACCAAAAAUUCAGUUUCUCAAAAAGUUAAGCAGACCAAAAAUUCAGCUGCAAAAAAAGUUAAGCAGACCAAAAUUUAGCUGCAAAAAAAGUUAAGCAGACCAAAAAUUUAAAUUCAAAAAAAGUUAAGCAGACCAAAAUUCAGCUGCAAGAAUGUUAAGAGAACCAUUUUUUUCUUCAGAAAAAAACUGUAAUUUGAAAUUGAAAAAAAGCAAAUCAAAAAUAGAGUUCCUAGAGCUAGGCAGACCAAAAAGCAGCUUUGUAAAUUUUUUUGACAACGUUUAUGAAUUAACAGAAAAAAAUCGGUUUUUUUUUUUCCCAAAAAAGUAAAUUUAAUUCGUUCAGGCGAGAUGCGCUUCCCAGUGGAGCAAUCCGAAUCGAGAUUCGUGUUCUCUGACCCCCUCGGCCUUAAGGAAAUCACAAAGUUGAUGAGAACCUUGGAUCGUGAGCAUCGGGUUUGUUCUAUUUUUGAGAACUUGCAGUUGAAAAUCCAAAUAUGUUUUGUAUGUUUUUCGAAAAGUCUAGGAGCUUCUAAUUGAAACGAUUUUUGAGGCGAACAUGUGUGUCGGUUCAGAUCGUGUGCACCGGCGCUCGCGAAUACGCAGAAGGUUACCCGAUCCUCGCCGAUUUGGAGUAUGCCGGUUGGUUUUUUUUGUUGUUGAAAUGGAAUUUCAUUAUUUUUUAGUUAAUCAAAUCCGCCCCUUCCCAACCAUCGAUCCGCAACGCGAUAUGGUCUACCUCCCGUUUUCUAGCGGAAUCCACGGAAAGCGCAAAGGAAUCCUCACCACCCACGAAGUCAUGGUCGCCAAGACGGUCAUUGCCCAAAAGUCCGUCAAAAACUACUGUUCGCAUUUUAAAGAAUCCGUUUCAGUAAGGACCACUACCACCAGUUCGCCAAGGGCGACUACACGGUGACAAUGUUGCCGUUCCACAAGCAAAUGGGCUUCGAGGCGAUGCUCAUCGCCUUGCUCAACGGAGUCACCGUCAUCACCGAGAAGAACUUUUGCGUUCACACAAUGUUGACCUUGGUUCAGAGAUACAAGGUAAGAUAAAAAAACCCAAGAUGAAAGUUUAUAAAGUCAUUUAAAGGUCCGUUCCGUGCACCUGACGCCGAUGAUCAUGGGAAUGAUGGCUUUCGAGUCGCAGAACCACGAAUACGAGAUCGACUCUCUCGAAUGGGUCGUCUCCGGAAGCGAGGCCAUCAGCGAGGAACUUUUCGACGAGUUCCAGGAGGCCUUCCCCUCCGCCAAGAACGUCGUUCAGAGUGAGUUUCAGUGAAAUUUAAUCGUGUAACUUAGGGUCCCUAGGGGUAAUCUUAGGGACCAUUUGAGGUCUCCUCUAGGAGUUUUAGUUAGUGGCCCCUAUAGGGGACAGGCUAGUCGGUAAUUUUAAUGAACUCUGUGCGAAAAAAUAAAAAAAAAACCUUUUUUUAAUUAAAUUAAGCGACCCCUACAGGGACCACUUAAGUUUUAAAGGCUAAGAGCUCAUACCCUAAACCCUUAUAGGGACCAACCUGAUUUUGCCCUUAUAGGGAUCACUUUUUUCGGCCCUUUAAAGCUAUUUUUUUCCCUAACCCCUAUAGGGACCCCUCUAAAAUUGCUAAAAACGGCUCAGAGAUUAUCUGAAAAAAAUAUAGUUCAAAAAAAUUAAAAAGGUAAAAAAACUGUAUAGUCUAUCGAAAGCAUAAAUUAAUUUUUUUCACCAAAAAAAUGAUUUUUUUUGAUAAUUGUAUCAGAAUUUGAGCUACCGGAAAAAAAUUUAGGUAUUUCCUUAAAAAUUCAGACAUUUAGGAAUUGUUGGAGAAAUGCAAUUCUUUUGAAGUUGAACAUUUAUUUUUUUGCGGGUUAUUUUAUAUAAAAAUAUUUUUUUCGAAAUUUUUUUAAUUUUUCUUGUCUAUUUUCAUUAUAGGUUUUUUUCAAGUUUUUGAGAAAAAAAUGAUUAAAAAUAAAAAUAACUUUGAAACAUCUAUUCUAAAAUUAGACGUUUUUUCAACCAGUGCUACUUCAAAAUUAUCAGCUGGCGUCAAUUCGAAACUAAAGGGUUCGAAAAAAACUUGUCAUGCUAAUUCAAUUUUACGAGUUCUUAUCACGAAGCCCUAUUUGUUGAUCUUUCCGUUGUGAGGAAACCCUGCUGACCAUUAAUGCAUCAAGUUUUGCCGCUAGUGAUAAUAAUAGAUUUUUUUGGUGGACAAGUUGGUCGCUUAUCAGUCAAUAGGUGUGUCAUAAUCUUCUCCUCAAAAAAAAGUACUUUCCAGCCUAUGGAAUGACGGAAGUUGGCCUGAUUACCCGCAGUGAUCCCCUGCAGAAGUACUCGACCUCAUGCGGUCACUUGGCGGCUAAUUUGGAGCUUAAGGUAAUCCAAAGCCUAUUAUGAAGUUUUUUGAAGGGUUUUUUUCCCAGGUUGUCGACAUUUGCACUGGCGACGAGCUCGGUCCCAAUCAGAAAGGGCAAAUUUUCGUCAAAGGCUUGGCCGCCUGCUCGCCCUACUUGAAUAACCAUGAAGCGACCGUUGAGCACUUCUUGGAAGGCUGGAGGAAAACUGGUGGGUUUUUAUCCACUCCAGCUUCUGGCCGCAUUGAGAAUGGGUCAAAGCUUCAUUUUAUCCUUUCAAAAUUUUUUACCUGAGUUUUGACAAUUCCUAUAGUUUUUUGGCAUGCUCCAAACUCGAAAAAAAAUUGAUUUUUGGUAAUCGUCAUUGAACCAUUCUACGUGCGGCCAUGACGAUUUAGCUUGUCUUGAAUUUAAAAACCGAUUUUCCAGGCGACAUUGGCUAUUUCGAUGAAAAUGAGGAGCUCUACAUUGUGGACAAGGUCAAGGAGAUGAUCAAGGUCUUCGGUUAUCAGGUGGGGGAUUUUUUUUCUGCGGGAAGCUUACUUAGGAACUCUAGAGUGGUCCCUAUAGGGGCCCUUGGCUCUAGGCCCCUAAUGGUCUACUAAAGCUUGCAAAAGGGGCCCCUGUAGGGGACAUGCUAGUCGAUAGUUUUAUGAACUUUACGAAAAAAUAAAAAAAUGAACCUUUUUUGAAUAAAAUUGGGCGAGCCCUUUAUGGAUCACUUUUAGAGGCUAAAGGGUCAGACCUUAAACCCCUAUAGGGACCACCUUGAUUUGACCCCUAUAUGGACCACUUUGGGACUGUUUUCCUCCUUACCCCUAUAGUGACCUCUCUAAAAUUUCUUAGUACUAAUUAUAGGGUAACUUUUAAGAACCCGAUUUCAGUAAAUUUUUUCUUCCAUCCUUCAGAUUUCCUCUACAAUCUUAAUCGAAAUAAUUUCAGGUCAUUCCCUCGGAAAUCGAAACUUUGAUCAUGACGCACCCGGCCGUGGCUGAAGCUGCCGUUGUCGCGAUAACUAACGAUGUAUCUGGCGAAAGGUACUUUUUCCCCGGUGAUUUCCAAAUGAUGGAAGUUUUUAGACCGGUCGCUUUUGUCGUCCUGAAGCCGGAUCAUCAGGUGAACGCCGACGAAAUCAAGGACUACGUCAAUAGUGAGUGGAAAGUAGUUCAAGAGCAUAGUUUUGAUUUAUUUUUUAUCGUUUCCGAAGUUUUUACAGCAUUUUUUAAGGCGUUUCCGUUGAAAAAACUUUCUAAGCUUUCCUAAUUAAUAUUUUAACUCCUAUGGGUUCUCAUUAAGUUCAAAAGCUUCUCCCUAAAAUUAAUCUUUAAGAGCGAAAUGGGAAAAAAAUAAACGUUGAAGAGUUUUUGAAGUGGUAAGUUGAGGCUUUAAAGAUUGAUUUUAAAUCUGCUCAGAAUAAUUUUUUUCUUCUUCAGUCACCUGAAAACCUUGACGUUCCAAAUUAUGACUGUCUAAAGCUCUUUGUUUUUUUUUUUGUUUGAAGUAGUGGUGAUUUUUAUUUUAUAUUCGGAGAGCUUUUCAUCUUCAAUUUCGAUUCAGAGUGCCCUCUAUAAGAAUUUUACAAAAAGGCUGAAAAUCUUAAUUGACUUAUCAAAAAUUUUGAAAUUUGAACCUUCAGAAUCUGAAGAGAGACGAAGUGUUUUGAAAGUCUGUAAAGAUCAAUUUCCCUAUCAGAGCUUUUGAAAUGGAUCAUCGGAUUUUAGAAUAUCCAUGCGGCCCUCGUAGAAAAAAAUGAUUCCCCUUUUUCAGAACGUGUGAUCCGGUACAAGCACCUGGUGCAGGUUAACAUCGCUCAGACGCUGCCGCGGUCGGCCUGCGGAACUCUCCUCCGACGGCUUCUCGCCGAGGCGGCCGUCCUCAGCGUCGCCUGCCUUUCCGACAUCGAAAAGUCCGUCAUCGCCUACCCGCAUUGUGCUGAGUAA